AUGCGGUUACGCAGAAGAAGAGACGAAGGCUGUAUACCAAUACCAGGAGAAACUCAAAAUCUACACAUUAAAAGCAAUGUUCAACAAUCUGAUGUAGCUUUACAUUUUAACAUGUCACUGAACGUCGUUACACGAAAUGAUUCAGGCAGUAUUUGGACUGUGCGCGGCAAGGUAGACAAAGUACCAUUGGGUGUACCUGAAAAGGUUGAGGAUCUAUUAAGCUGCAGUCUACACGUUUACGGUCAGCCAAGACCCCCAGAAAUUACAGUGGAUCAAACGACAUGCGAUUAUAACAAAUCGAUAGUAAUAAAUGUAACAUUAACAGAUAUCGUCAACGUCAAUGGUAUUUUAUUUUCUAUGCUUCAGAAAAAUUGUACAGGAGAUACUUUUGAAUACCUAUGUAUGAUAUCUAUAAAAAAUGAUACUUGCAAUUCUACUGAAGAAUGCAUCUGCGUCAGAAAAGCACACAAUGUAUUUGAGGUCAAACUAAAGCGUUUUGUUGAACCUUCUAGCUAUGUACUCAAAACAGAGUUACGGAAUCCGCAUACUACAAACACAUUUUACGAGAACAUUUGUACCCUGCCCUGCAGCAACAUAACUAAAUCUGUGGGAUUGGAAGUAAAGCUUGAAGUAAACAAUGGCGAAUCAACAUACACACUGAUAGGCUCAACAAUUGGAGGCGGUAUGGUCUUAAUCGGGGUGAUUAUUGUCGCUGUUUUGGUCAAAUUAAAAGGUAAAGCGAAAUGUAACCCAGUUAACACAUCAGCUACAAGCAGUGACAAGUCUAGAACGCCUACAGAUAGCAGCCACUCCUAUAUUGAUGUUGUAGAAGACCAUGAAACACACGAAAACCCCUACGAUGAAAUAGUCGAUUCUUCAACUGAAUCAAACAGUGACAGAAAUAGGCCCUACUAG